ACCGCUUUUGUCGCCUUUUUUCUCCGCUCGCUCUAAAAUAGCGAAAAGCCGUAGUUCGGUGCCGCCAUGAUUGUUGUUGUUGUUCUUGCUCGUUGCCGCCAGUGUUGUUAAAGUCUACUGCCGACCGCCCCCUACAGUGAGAAGAUCGUCACUGAUCUCAUCCAGCUCUUUGUGAAGAGAAGCUCUGAUUUGAAGCAGCAGAUCAGAUCUAAGCAGGAUAAAGAGGGUGGUUUGGAGAUUUGUGAGGCCAGAAUCCUUCUAUGGAUUGACCUAAGAAUACCAGGGGCACACCUGAAGGAUCUACCUGGCUACUGUACAGGUAUGAGAGAGAGGAGGGAAAGAUCCUCCAAUGGUGAGGGCAACUCUGAAGGCAACUCUGACCCUGAAGGUGACUCUGAAGGUGACAGCAACUCUGAAGGCAAUGAUGCACGUGACUGGGAAGGCAACUCUGUGGGCGGUGCUGCAGGUGAUGCUGAAUGCAACACUGCAGGCGAGGGCAACUCUGAAGGCAACUCUGACCCUGAAGGUGACUCUGAAGGUGACAGCAACUCUGAAGGCAACUCUGAAGGUGACGACAACUGGUACGGGUGCAGGGACAGGAUGGGCCCUCGCCACCCCCUCCUGGGAACAGGUUUGUAUGCAGGGUGCUCAAACUCGAAGGAGGUCUCAGCAGAGACAGCAGUCUCUGGGAGGUAUGCACAGGUGCACAGCAGGGUCAGGGCUGUCAUAUGGAGGGCACUGAUGUGUCCAACAAUAAGUUUAGGGUGAGGGAAGCGGAGCAACAGGGAGGAGGCGCCCCCUGAGAGGGGCAAGGGAGGAUGGGCACCAGGAGGGCACUCAGGGAACCUACUGCCCCGCAGCCCCAGGGCCAGCCAGGGCACCUAGCCAAAACUGGCCAGUAUCACCCGAAAAGCCCUGGGCCUGAACAGGGCUCCUGGACGCCCCACACUACCCAGGCAGAAAGGGUUGACCAUACAGCCACCACUGGAGCAUAAGGGUCCCCCCAGGAUCCAAAGGAAUAGAAAGCCCAGUUAACUCAUGCUGGGACCCCUGGAGUGAUCAUUUGCUGUCUGCAGUGAUGUCAGUGAUGAUAGAUAAAUCCAAUGAUAGUGAUAUGCUUAGACGGGAAAAUGAAUGGUGUUCAUUAUGGUGUAUGGUAAGUUCCAUUUAAUGAGCCACAGAAUGGAGACCAUGUGUUAGUAACGUGUGUCAUCCUGUUCUGUAAGGAGGCAGAAACUCUUCAUUGAUAUCAGGACAUUUAACCAGUGAUUAAUGUUAAUGUUUUUAUUUCCAGUUAACUAGAACUGUUUUCUUGGCGCUGCUGGAGCAGUGAGUGUGGUCACCGAGCCGGCACACAUGAGGAGCCGGGAUCACCGCUGCUGCCUUUGCCUGACACGAGCCGGCCUCUGCAUCUGUUUUUAAUCAAGUGCAGCUGAUCAGCAGCGCCUAGCUUCUGUGUACCCUCUUCACUCCUAUGGAAGAAGUUUGUUGAGCUUUUCUUAAAUAAAGACAUAGUGUAAUAUGCCAUGUGGCUGUAUUUAGCUCAUUUGAAGACCUGCUGAGUAAAACCUCAGAGCUGAGAGAGGGCAUCCUUCCUUUACGGGUCUGCUCUCGUUUCUGUGUCUGCUGUUGUUCCAUUGGACAGCAUUGUUUCUAAAUCUGCCCGUCAUCCAACCACACAGGCAGAACAAUACAGCAGCAUUAUGUCACUGACUGACUGACAGAACAGAUAUGUGUGUGUGUGCUUGAUGCACUGUCACACAGGUAAAAUCCCUCUGUGUCUGUACUUGGCUUCCCGAGCUCAUUGUCUCGCCCGCCCUCCUCUCGUCUAGCACGGUUUGUUUUGGCAGCCCUGGCUGUCUGAUGCGUGAGUGCCACCGGGUCUCAGCAGGGACUGGACCUAGCGGUGCCCCCCCAUCCUCAACCCUGAUUCUGCUGACGGGGCCCAACCCACCAUGCUGAGAUAAUGCCAUUCCAGAGGGAUCGUGGCUAAAGCCUCUCUUUCUGGCUCUCAGGUAUAUAAAGAGGAGGCAGCUGUAGAGUGGGGAACAAAGCGCUCACUCUUUGCUUACUGCUUUUGACCAUCACUCUGUUCUCUCACUCUUACCUCAUCUCCAUUUUUAACCUGCGGGAUCCUGAGCGAAGCAGGUACUUCUGCCAGCCUAAACCAAACCAAGCCAAAGCAGACCAGGCUGUCUUCAGUUACUAUGGAUAUUGCCAUCCAGCACCCCUGGUUCAGACGUGCCCUGGGCUCCGUCUACCCUGCCCGACUCUUUGACCAGUUUUUCGGCGAAGGCAUGUACGAUUAUGACCUCUUCCCUUACACCGCCUCCACCAUCAGCCCCUAUUACAGACAGUCACUCUUCCGCAGCUUUUUGGAUUUUUCCAACUCUGGCGUCUCAGAGGUGAGAUCUGACAGGGAUAAGUUCACAGUCUACCUGGAUGUCAAGCACUUCUCUCCUGACGAGCUCAGUGUGAAAGUGACUGAUGACUAUGUGGAGAUCCAGGGCAAGCAUGGAGAAAGACAGGACGACCACGGUUACGUCUCUCGUGAAUUUCACCGCCGUUACCGCCUCCCCUCUAGCGUUGACCAAUCAUCAAUCACCUGCACCUUGUCAGCCGACGGCCUGCUGACUCUGACCGGACCAAAGGUCAGCGGGGGGAGCGAAUCUGGCCGCAGCGAGCGUAGUAUCCCCAUCACCCGCGAUGACAAGACCAACGCUGCCGCGUCCUCCUAGAGGCCAGAUGCCGGUGGGUGCUGGGGUGCUGCAGUAGCUCAGCCCCAGGAUGACCAGCAUCAUCUGGGAUGGAUGACUACAGAAUUCUUCUUUUCCCUUUCCUUAGAGGAUAUCUGUGUCCUCCUUGCUUCUUUCUAUAGUUACUUCUUAACUCAUACAGUAUCAUUAGUAUGAUUGUUUUUUUGAGUAUAACAGAGAUCAGCCCAUGGAGGCAAUUCAGUGAGGGGGGGCUGGAGUCUUUAAGUCAUCUCAGGACACCUGGAGAGGUCACAUGGCCUGACACGUCACUGCUGCAGAUUAGUUUCAGAGCGAGCACUCUAACAGUGCAGAUGGUUGGAGGUAAAUGUCUCACCUGUCCUGUCCCACAUAUUAAAAUCACUGAGGGUCUCUUAGGCCUGGCCCCUCCCAUUCUUGUUCUUACUCUGAAGCCCCUGCUGCUUCGUCUUACAUAUAUCCUGUACUGCAGUCGGCCUUGUUCAGUGGAUACCUGCUCACUACUGAGAGUCCAUACUAAAGAAACAAUAAAGCUGUACAAUUAACAAAA